AUGCCUGACUCGCACCUCCUCCGCCUCCCGCCCGAGCUACACCAGCUCAUCCUCGAGCACCUACCGGUCCCCGAUACUCUCGAGCUGCGUCUGACCUGCACCUAUUUCUACGAGCUUGCCCCGCCGCCGUCCCACGCCGACUUGCUUGAAGCCGAGGCUACCGAGUGGGCCCGCCGCCGCGAUGUCUACACCUGUCGCUACUGCCUGCGGCUACGACCAUCGUCUCGCUUCGCAGACCGUAUGCUGCGCCGGCGGCGCAGCAGAGGGGCUCGCGACGGCGAUAAACGCUUUUGCAUCGAGUGCGGAUUGAAGCCGCGCGACGAUGACGGCACGGCUCGGUAUGGCCCCGGGGCCCAGAUUACGGUCCAGGGACACUUCUUUGUCUUCUGUCUGGUCUGCCGCCAGUUCAAUCGGGGCGCCCGCGACAGUCACGGGAAGAAUACUUCCGAGUGUGAAUCGUGCUGGGGGGAGCGCGGCUUGCAGAGGUGGGAGGGGCGGAGGAACCUGGCAAUACCCAUUGACAGCCCUUGA